UUGGUGCACAAGGCUUGUGCUGAGGACCAGAGUCCAAUGUGUUUGUUGUGAGGCGGACAUGGUAACACCCGGCCAGUAUCCAAUCAGAUAUGACACAGGGGCCAUAAACUGCACAGAUAAGCCCAGGAUGCACUGACUUAACACACAUUACCACACUUCGUUUCAUUUUCAAAGAACAGACCUGCUCGGGCUUGAGUCCACAUGGAUUUCUCCAACAGGAUUUUUGCUGAGGGAUGUACGAAGUAGAACUGACUUUGGAGUCGAAACAAAGGAGUUGUUUGGAGUUGGAAACAAAAGAGCACUUUCUUUUUCUUUUUUUUUCUUUUUUUUUUUGGUCUAUCGUACUCAUCCCGUCUAGACAUGAUUAGUGUGAAUUUGCAGGCAGUCACCCAGCCUGUGGGCAUCAUGCGAACAUUUGCUGCCAUCCUCACCUGUAUGUGUUUUAUCCUGGUGGCAACAGUGGGACAUAUCUCAUCGUCUUACUGGAUAUGGUGCAUGUUUACCUGGUGCUUCUGCUUCUUCUUCACCUUUCUCAUUCUCAUCCUGGAGUUCACCACUGUUAACACCAAAUUACCCUUCGCCUGGGAUGACUUCACAGCUGCCUUUGCUAUGCUGGCGAGCCUCAUGUGCCUUGCUGCCUGCAUCAUCUACCCCACCUUUUUCACCUGCAAGACCUGUCAUCGGCAGAUUGGUGCUUCUGUGGUGUCAUGGGUUUGUUUCGGAGUGUAUGCAGGUGAAGUGGCCUUAACUCGCCUACGUCCGAGUGGGCAGACCAUUGGGUUCCUCUCCACAUUGCCUGGUAUAAUGAAGAUGCUGGAGACCUUCCUCGCCUGUCUCAUCUUCACGUCCCUGGAGAAAGGCCAGUUCAACUCCCCAGGACUGAAGUGGUGUGUGGCUGUGUACUCAUUGUGCUUCAUCUUUGCCAUCAUCAUAAUCCUGGUCACCCUUGGCCAGCUGAUCUCUUUUUUUCCGUUCUCCUUUGACAAGUUAGUGAUCGUCUACAAUAUUUUGGCAGCAGUGAUGUAUAUAACAGCUAUGGUGAUCUGGCCAUUGUACAGUUUCCGCAACAAUUCCAGACCGAGUAACUGUGGUGCCCUUUGUCCCUGGGACAAACUGGUGGUAGUCACCUUCAUGACAAUCAUCAAUUUCAUUGUUUACACCCUGGACGCUGUCUACUCUAUACACCUUGUGUUUUUUGUCAGGAACCAGUGAAGCUGCUGCUUAACGAAAACAAACUGAGAACACAACAAGGUCUGAAUUUGAACUAAUGUGAAAUGAUUUGAAUAGAGAGACCACGCUUUGUAAUAUAUUCCACUCAAAGAUGACUGAAUAUAGUAAUGAAAUGUUGAGUGUCUGGUAUAUUGUGAAAAGGUAAAGUUAAUUUUGUUUAACAGAUUAAAUCUGUUGUAUCACUGUCAUAAAGAUGAAAAAUAGCAUGGUAAAACUUUGGAUACUGAUAUAAAGAGUUAUAAACCAGUACAGGUAAUGAUCCUGACUUCUGACUUUAUAAGAGUGGGUUAGAGAUUAAUUAUUCCACAUGUGAAUCUGUCUUUGUUUUCAUGCUGAUGUCUAUCAUCUGUUUAUCUGUGGGUCCUGCAGCUUGCUGAUUAAAGGAAACGUAUGACAUUUGGGGUAAUAUGCUUACUCAGUUUCUUGCAGAGAAUUAGGCUAGAUGAGAAGAUUGAUACCAGGCUCAUGCAGUAUUUGUACAGUGAAUAUGUCAGGAAGUUACUGCACCUGGCUAAGAAGUUGUGCAGCCCGGUAAAAUCACAUGUUGUUUUUAGACUUUUUAAUGGAUUGUAUCUUCAUACAGAUCCAGGCUAACUGUUUCACCCUUUUUACAGUCUUUAUGCUAAGUUAAGCUAAGAUAACCAGCUACUGGUAGUCACUUUGUGUUUAUCGUAUAGACAUAAAAGUGCUAUCCAUCUUAACAUCUAAAUCUCCGCA